AUGUCACGACGGUCUCCCCACAUCUUUGGCUUUCCGAUUCUCCUGGUAGUCACAGUCCUCCUCCUCCUUACUCACCCGUCGCAUGCCAUCAAGUUCGCUCUCCCAGCUUCGCGUUUCCCCGCUCCGAAAUGCAUUUGGAAUGCUGCCCAUCCUGGUGCACUAGUCAUCGUAACAGCAAACAUUGGUCCGGGCGAACACCAGCGAGUUGAUAUCGAAAUUCUGGACUCUGGACCGAAUAGGAACGUGUACUUAAGUAAGAAGAACAUCAGCGGGGAGAAGCGUUUUGCGAUUACAGCGCAUUCCGAGGAGGAUGUGGGUGUCUGUUUCAGGAAUUAUAUAGAUCCAGGCAAGCAGGGUGGCCCGGUAGAGGCAAAGCAGAGGACAAGGGUUAUUGACCUUGACAUUGACAUUGGUGCGGAUGCCGUGGAUUACAAUGCAAUUGCAAACCAAGAGUCACUGUCCGGGCUCGAAACCGAAAUGCGCAAAUUGGAGGGCGUUGUAAAAGAGAUCGUCGACGAGAUGGAUUAUUUAAAGUCGCGAGAGGAACGUUUCCAGUCAACAAAUAUUUCAACAAAUGGCCGUGUGCAGAAUUUUGCAUGGUUCACAAUGGCUUCAUUAGUUGGCCUAGGAAUCUGGCAGAUUUUGCAUUUGCGGGCAUACUUCAAGCGGAAAUAUCUCAUUGAUUAA